GCUUCAGGUCAGAAAAAAGGAAAACAGAAACAAAAAAGAAAUAAACAGAAAGAAAAAAAGAGUAAAGAUGAAAAACUACAGGAUAAACCUGAUCAAAAAGGAGAAAAAGGAAAGGUAGAAAGACAGUCAUCAUUAUCUGCAGCUCCAGCAGCAGCAGCGACAGGAGGGUCAGGAAGUAAGACCAAACCUGCAGUACAACCAGAAGCAGCAGCAGUAGAUGCUAGUGGUAACGAAGGAAGCAAUAACCAAACGAAAGAACAACCUCAGAAGAGUAAAGCUGAGUUGAAAGCUGAGAGAAGAGCUAAACAGGAAGCACAAAGAGCUGCAAAGGCUGCUAAAGCAGAAGGGGGAGGAAAACCAAAACCUGAAGCUUACAGACCGGUAAAAGUAGCAACAAGUCUACAAGUGGAUGAUGCUAAAGUACAGAAAAAAGUGGCAAAAAAAUUAGCAAAAGAACAGGUCCCAGUGAGGACACUAUCACAAAAGAAGGUUGGGUUGUUUUCACACUUGCAUCAGUAUGAGAAAGAUGUUUCUCUAACACAGGAAUUAAGUCUAGGUACUGCUGGAAGUAUUCAUCCAGCUAUCAUUAAACUUGGAGUACAGUAUGCUAAAGGGAUCAUAUGUGGUUCUAAUGCCAGAUGCGUGGCUCUUUUGAUGACUCUGAAAAAGGUCAUCGCAGACUACAGUACCCCAGAACAGAAAGAACUUUCUAGAGAUUUAGAAGCUAAAAUCAAACCCAAUAUCAGUUUCUUAACCCAGUGUAGACCUCUAUCAGUCAGUAUGGGUAAUGCUAUCAAGUACAUCAAGUUCAACAUCACAAAGAUACCUCCUGAUAUGCCAGAAGAAGAGGCCAAGAAAAGUCUUCUUGACAAAAUAAAUAGGUUUAUUCGCGAACGAAUCAUAUUGGCAGACGAAGCCAUCUCUAAGACAUAUGCAAUAACCAAGAUACACGAUGGUGAUGUCAUACUCACCUACGCAUGUUCAUCUCUGGUUGACAAGAUCCUCAAAGAUGCUCACGAUGCGGGGAAGAAGUUCACUGUAAUCGUCGUAGAUUCCAGACCAAAACUUGAAGGUCGUGAGUGUCUGCGUCGGCUUGUCAAUCAUGGUAUCAGAUGUUCUUAUGUUCAAAUCACUGCAAUGUCUUAUGUCAUUAAAGAGGUCUCCAAGGUAUUUCUUGGUGCGCAUGCGCUAUUAGCCAAUGGUUACGUCAAGUCACGUGUUGGUACAUCAAUGAUCGCGCUGAUGGCAAACGCGUACAAUGUACCAGUACUUGUCUGCUGCGAGACAUACAAGUUUAGUGACAGAGUACAAACAGAUUCCUUUGUUUCGAAUGAACUUGGUGAUCCAGAUGAUCUUGUAGCCCUUCCAAAACAUCAUGAAAAGCAUAACCUUGCAGGAUGGAGAGAAAUCAACACCCUACACCUCCUCAAUCUAAUCUAUGACGUCACGCCUCCUGACUUCAUUUCCAUGGUAAUCACAGAAGUAGGGAUGAUCCCGUGUACAUCUGUGCCUGUUAUACUAAGAGUACAAAACCCUGAAAUGUGACUUAAUAUCAAGUCAAUAUCUUUUAAGACAAGUAUGUCUAAAUAUACGAUUCUGAUUGGCUCCCUGAGAGAUGGACACCUGUAAGUCCAACCGUCCAACCGGCUUUGGCCAGACCACUUCUAACAUAUUGACUGCGAAACAUGAAAAGUCAAGUAAAAUGUCUCUGGUGGCCAGAGAGGGAGAAAUAAUUAAAUAUAUAUAUGUAAAAUAUCUAA